UAUAUACACUUCCGCUUCGGGGUUACAAACUCUGAAAAACCAGUGUUAAGUGAGCGUUGAGAGGGUAACUAAACUCCAAUUGCUACACUCUGCUGGGAGGCAGGCAGAGUAAAGCCAAUCAAAUGGAUCACCAAGGCCAAUCUAGCGGUUCGGAUUCCGUCGUUCUAGAGAUGGAUUCAUUGUUGAAUGAACUCAAAAGAAAACUAAAAUCCCUAAAAUCCUCCAAGGCGCAGCCACAAGAAGACAGCUUUCCUCGCAUCAUGGUCGCCAAGGUCGGCCACCUCAGGCGCAACGUCUGCAACAGCGAGUAUGAUCCUGAUCACGUCUCCAUCGGCCCGUACAACCACCCUCGGCAACUCCCGACGCAACAGGACAAGGUGAGAAGCCUGCUCACCGUGCUCUCGGCGGCGGAAGAAGAAGAACCCAGCAUGACGGUGGAGGUCUACCUCAAGGAGCUUGCGUGCCUCGAGGACAAGGCGCGGCGUUAUUACGCCAACACAUUCGAUGACAUUACGAGCGACCAAUUCGUCCACAUGCUCCUGCUCGAUGGCUGCUACAUACUCUCCCGCUUCGCGAGCUUCCCGGCAAAGCACACUGCGCACGCUGCGGGGGCUACCCGCUCUUCGGCUUUCGCUGCCGAACUCGAAGAUUUGGCGGUGGUGCGCGACGUCUUCUUCCUCGCGGAGAACCAGAUACCGUUCUUCGUCCUUGAGAAGAUCGGCGAGCUGACAGUGCCGGGCGGUAGCGCUCAUGUGGGUAAAUGGAUCGCGGAUCAUGCCCUUGAACUCAUGAAGGCACAAAGGUACGCAGUAGCAGCGCCGGCCAUGGUGCCUCCCGAGCUGACGGCACCAGAGAAUCUCCUCCAUCUUCUGCAUAUGCAUUUGAAGCCACAGGAAACGGAUGCCCUCUUGCCAACCGCUACAGGAAAAGGCGCCGCCGAUGAUAAACCUGUGUCGUCGGUGGGCCGGUGGCGCACGGCGACGGAGUACAGCUACGCAGGGGUGAACUUCAAGAGCCAAGAGAUGAGCGAAAAGGGGGGCGUGCGCUGCAUCCUGGACGUGAAGCUGGACAGCGGCGGCGGCACGCUGGAGGUGCCCCGCCUGGACAUCGACAACGAGACGUGGCGGCUGCUGCGCAACCUGAUGGAGUUGGAGCAGCGGAACCGGGAGGCGGUGGGGAGCUACGUCACGGCCUACUGCGUGUUCAUGUCGCAGCUGGCGAGCGACAAGAAGGACGUGGAGCUGCUGUCUAAGAGAGGGGUCAUCGUGCACGCCCACGGCAACGACGGCGAGGUGGCCCAGCACUUCGCCGACCUCUGCAAGGGAAUCAUGUUCGACACCAGCGAACCCAAGAUCAACUACCUGUGGGACAUACGCCAGAAGCUGGAAAAAAGGUCCCGGAGCUACCCGCGGAGGUGGAUGGCGUGGCUAAAGCGCAAGUACUUCAGCAACCCCUGGCUCGCAGUUGGGCUCCUGGCGGCUGCCGUUGGGCUAGUUUGUGCCAUCGUCCAAGCAGUGUACUCUGUUCUGAGUUACAAACAAGGAUGGAACUAGAAAUUGAGCAUCUCAUGUUGUUAGGACAUUUAAGCUUAGGUCGGUGCGUCCGUGCUGUGUUGUGUUAGGAAAUGUUGUGUCGAGUCUAUUUUGUAAAUCAGUAUUGUACUGUGUCGUGUCGUGUGGUGUUGGCCCUGUUAGUAGUGUUGGAUGCGUUUUGUAUCCGUGUAUCAAGAAAUGAAAAAAAAUAAACCAGAAAAGAAGCAGCCCGUAUUGAUGCACCA